CCGGCUGAGGAGGAGUUCUCGCCAUUUUGUUCCUUACCAGAGCUUGUAACGGAAGAGUUGUGUAGUCUUCGUGCUACCUGAAAAAUCUGACAGUAUCCUGUUUCUUUUCAAGAGUCGCAGGUGUUGUCGUGGUCUUUUUUGUUGUUGUUGUUCUUCUUUAAGUGUUGACUAUUUGGUGACUUUCGAGGCGAUGGCAGAUGUGGACAAGCUUAAUAUUGACAGCAUCAUACAGCGGUUGUUAGAAGGUGAUAUACAUGGACAAUAUUAUGAUUUACUUCGGCUUUUUGAAUAUGGGGGUUUUCCACCAGAAAGCAAUUAUUUAUUCCUUGGUGACUACGUCGAUAGAGGGAAACAGUCUUUAGAAACAAUCUGUCUUCUCUUGGCAUAUAAAAUAAAAUAUCCAGAGAACUUCUUCCUACUUAGAGGCAAUCAUGAGUGUGCCAGCAUUAACAGAAUAUAUGGAUUUUAUGAUGAAUGUAAAAGAAGAUACAACAUUAAAUUAUGGAAAACCUUCACAGACUGCUUUAAUUGUUUGCCGAUAGCUGCUAUAGUAGAUGAGAAGAUCUUUUGUUGUCAUGGAGGUUUGUCUCCAGACUUGCAGUCAAUGGAACAAAUAAGGAGAAUUAUGCGUCCUACUGAUGUUCCAGACCAGGGACUUUUGUGUGACUUACUCUGGUCUGACCCUGAUAAAGAUGUCCUAGGGUGGGGUGAAAAUGACAGAGGUGUAUCCUUCACUUUUGGAGCUGAAGUUGUUGCAAAGUUUCUUCACAAACAUGACUUGGAUCUUAUUUGUAGAGCUCAUCAGAUUCUUAAACCCGCAGAGAAAAAGAAGCCUAAUGCAAGCAGACCUGUAACACCGCCACGAGGCAUGAUCACCAAACAAGCAAAGAAAUGAGCCUCACUUUGCCUGCUUGGACUUGUAUAAUAGUAUAUAAUCCCCUCUUUAUUUUAUAUUUUUGAGAGAUCGUGUAAUAUGUACUGGUCAGUUCCAUCAAAUUUAAAUGUUUGUGACUCGUCUGGCUUUAUUUUUUUUUUCCCCAAACCCAAAACCGCAUUUGUACAUUUUAGAUCUUAAAAAUUGGUUUCCCUUAUGCCAGUGUUACUGUACACUCCAGAACUUUACUACUCUCACAACUUUGUACAAUCCACAUUAAUUGUAAAUGCUUGUUUUACUACUUUUUAGUACUGAAAGUUGGCACUCAUGAGCUGGUGGGACUAGGAAUGUCACUGCUAUAAUUUACAUUUUGUUUAUACAAACCACUGUGAACUUUUUUUAAAUGUUUUUAAAGGGAUUUUCUUUUAAUGUCAUGUUAACACUUGUAUAGAUGUUGAUAUUAGAAGAAACUUCCAUAACUUUGCCAGCAUCACUGGUUUGAUGUAUAUUUAAUUAAAGCACAUUUCCCGUACUGUAUACUUUCAAUGACAAUUAAAGCCAUUAUUUUACCUUUUGUGUUCUACUUAAUAACCUUUGUAUUUGCAUCAGUGUAUUGCUCAUGUCUUCCAGAGAUGAGGCAGAAUCUGUAGUGUUUGCAUGUUUAAUAAAAUAGAGUGAGAAUGGUUAUUAGCACUUCUGAAUGUCUAAGGGUUGGAUUUUUUAUAUAAUAUCUAAGGCAUAAUUACUACUCAUGAAAAUUUAAAACAUGCCAAAGGUGUUGCCCAAUGUUUACCUAUCUUUACAGGAUUUUUUUUUUUAAAUAAAGAAGUUUGUUUGAGUCGUA